CACAUUCCAUCGCCACCCUAGCCUUCGGAGAACCAAGAGAGACACAAGUCAUGGAGCGCGCGUCCGUGGCCGUUUUGAGCAAUGUUGUGCAGCUGGUUGGGCAGGAGUUCAGGCAGCUCCACACCGUCCGCGGCGAGGUCACGGAGCUGAGGGACGAGCUAGCCACGAUGAACACCCUCCUGCGGAUGCAGUCCGAAGCCGAUGCAAGCGGCUUGAGCCACUUCGUCCGGGAGUGGAUGAACCAAAUCCGGGAGCUGGCCUACGACGCCGAGGACUGCGUCGACCUCUACUUGUUCCGCAUCAGCUGCCCGACGGGCGAUGGCAGCUGGUACAUGUACAUCCGGUCCAAGACCAAGCACCUGCUUGCGACGCUCUUCCCACGCCGUCGGCUCGCCCGUGACAUCAGGGCCCUCCGCGACCGUGCCGUCGUCAUCAGCGAGCGUCAUGCCCGCUACGGUGUGAGCCUAGAGCUGCUGAAACGCACCGAUUCUUCUGACCUUGUCCCUCGGGCAGUGGUGGCGUCGGCACGGGCGCUCCGCCCUCACCACGACCCCAACCAGCUGUUCGUCGGCGUCGAGGCCCGGGCCAAGAACCUGGUCAACAAGUUGAAGGUCGAAGAGGGUGUUGAGGAGGACAAAGAGCUCAAGGUGAUCUUCAUCGUAGGCUUCGGAGGGCUCGGGAAGACCACGUUGGCCAUGGAGGUGUGCAGGCAGCUGGAGACGGAGUUCCCACGCCAGGCCAAAGUGUCCGUGUCGCAGACGUUCGGCAGCAAGGACCUCGAGGGAUUGCUCAAGCGCGUGCUUCGGCAGGUCGUCACCCUGCCGUCUAAUGAGAAGGACAGAGCGGACCUGCUCGAUAAAAUUGACCGUAUGGAUGCAGGCGAGCUACAACUCCGGCUCGGAAAGGAUCUGCAGAACAACAGAUACCUCAUUUUGAUCGAUGAUGUAUGGAGCACAUCAGCCUGGGAUUCAAUUCAAUCCAGGUUACCGAGCAACAACAUGGGCAGCAGAAUCAUUGUGACUACUCGGACAAAUACUUUGGCAAAAGCGACCAGUAAUGCUUGUGAUUAUUACAUCCAUCGUAUGGAGGUCCUAGAUCGGGUAGAGUCCAAGCAGUUGUUCAUGAGCAAAACAUUUGGGUCAAUGAGUGAAGACUCCUUCCCAGAUGAUUUAAAAGAUGAUAUGGAAGUCAUCUUAAAAAAAUGUGGUGGGUUGCCAUUAGCCAUUAUUAGCAUUGCGAGCCUUUUGUCAAGCUAUAACAAUUCAGAAAGGAAGAAGAUGUGGGAGAUAGUUGGCAGAUCAAUUGGUUCACAGAUGGAGAGCAACCCAACCCUUGAGGGGAUGAGGCAGAUACUCACACUUAGCUAUGACCACCUACCCCAUCACCUCAAGGCUUGCAUGAUGUAUCUUUGCAUUUUCCCAGAGGAUUAUGUAAUCUACAAGGAUCGCCUGUUGAAGAGAUGGAUCGCUGAAGGGUUGAUACCCGAGAAGCGAGGGAUGACCCAAAUGGAGCUUGCCGAAGAAUGCUUCAGUGAGUUGAUGAGUAGGAGCAUGAUUGAUCAGGCCAGUGAUAUCAUCACCACAUACCAAUGGAGGGAAGAGACAUGUCGAGUGCAUGACAUAAUGCUGGAGGUCAUGGUGUCCAAAUCCCUCGAAUCUAACUUUGUAAGCCUAGUAGGCGGGCAAUAUGAAGGGAUGGCCUAUGAUAGGAUUCGUCGUCUUACCAUACAUGGCGGAGUAGAGGCAAUCCAGGAGUCAUCAUCAAAGAAAAGGGCACCACACCGUGGUACAAGGAAUGGCAUCAAGGGGAUGAAUAUGCAGCAUGUCCGAUCACUGAGCAUAUUCGAUACUGAAGCGCCCAAGCUGCUUGCUCGGCUAGAAGAGUUCACCUUGUUAAGGGUACUUGACCUGGAAGACUGCAAAGGCCUAGAAGAAAAGUACAUGAAGCAUAUAUGUCGGAUGUACCUUUUAAGAUUCUUGAGCUUGAAGGGUACAGAUAUCAAGGAUAUUCCUGAGAGAAUUGGAGAUCUUGAGCAUUUGCAUACACUUGAUGUACGCCAAACACGACUGAAGGGUUUGCCAGAAACAGUCACAAAGCUAGAGAAGUUGGAGCACCUGUUGUUCACCACCAAAGGUAUAUUGUGGUCUGCCUGGAUGCUGCCCAAAGGGAUUAGUAAAAUGAAGGCACUACGCCGCUUGAAUAAAGUGAUUGUGAUAGAUGACGUGAAGGUCGCCAAGGAGAUAGGCGAAUUAGAUCAAUUGCAGGAGUUAUGUAUCUAUGUCAACACAAGAAAUAAGGACAUGAAUCGGAGUGUUCCAGAAGAGCUUGCCAGUUCCGUGAGCAAGUUGAACAUGCUUCAGUGGCUCGACAUUGGAAAUUUUGGUUGUGAAGAUUGGCCUUUCAAACGGAUAUUGCAAUUUCUACAUGUCGUUAAGUCGCCACCACAACUUCUACGUUAUUUUAGGAUCUGCGGCUGCCUUGACGAAUUGCCUGACUGGGUGGAGAAACUCACAAAUCUUAUUGAGUUUGAUAUAGCGUGGGCAUAUCUUGAUGGUGCCCACUUAUUCGACGUCUUGUGUAAGUUGCCCAACCUGCAAAGGCUGACCCUGGGGGCAUACUUCAUCAGAAAGAAUCAAGAUAUGGUUGCACGUAGUAGCCAGUGUUUGCGGGAGCUCAAGGAACUUACUCUGGGCUAUUCUCCUGAAGUUCCCCCAGUUUAUGUAUUUGAGAAAGGAUGCAUGCCAAAUCUGGAGACCCUUGUGUUGUAUUUUCUUGACCAGUGGAAGACUAUUGUUGGCAUUGAGCACUUGACAAACCUUAAAGAGGUGCAGAUCAGUUGUGUCAAAGAAGGUGCACUGGCUGCUGCACUAGAGGUGCUCAAGGUGGAGAAUGAGAAGCGACGCGAUUCUAAGCGCGAAGAGAUCAGAGUUAUAGUUAGGUAGGAGCAAUAAAGCGGCUUGAAGCCUAACCAUGGAGCAUGUUCAACAGAAGAAGUUUGCUCUAAAGCUGGGAAAGCUGGAAGUCCCAUCAGUUUAACUUGGUCCUUUUAUGGUUGAUGUGGUUGGUUCUUGUCAUGUAAGGCUGGACUCGUCCCCGGAUGUUUAAUUCACGUUUUAUUUUAUUUUUCAAGCAUCGGAUUCCAAUAAAGCUG